GGGAGGGAGGGAAGGAGGGAGACAUGGAGGAGAUGGAGAAGUCAUUAGCGCGAGCCCCACCUGAUUAGUGUAUUGCGCAUCCACUUUUCUUAAAUUGUUUUUGCUUCAUGUUUUUGUUUUGUUUGGUCAUCCAACAAACGGGAUGUUUUAAGCCAGCGUCGAGGCUCGUCAAUGAUGUGUUGCCAUUUGUAAUUAUUCUAUCGUCGGCAACUGUCGCCAAAAAGAGGCUACUUAAACACAGUCGCCGGUAAAGAAACUUCCAGUAUUCUGCGAGGCAUCCUUCAGGAGUUGCGGGGCGUGUUCUUAGCUGUCUUCCCGCACAUUUGUUCUUCCAUACAUCCCAAGUGAACCACUGUAUGGGAAACUACAGAGCGUGGUCACUGGUGGGGGCGGGCACUUUUGCCCUCCUCAGCAGUGUUUUAGGCUUCUACAUCCCACCAGUAUCCUACAACCAUCAACCUCAAUGGCCGGGCAAUGUGAUUUCCUAUCGUGAAAAAUGGCAGAGGCCUGCACGGCCUAUUCACUUCUUCCUCCAAGAACCUCCUUACAUCCAACGCCCCAUGCUGAUGAAUGGUGUGACAUCGUUUCAGGAAAAGUGGAGGGGCCCAGCAUCUUCCGUGAAUCGCCUUGGACUUUAUCAGGGUCCAUCUCCGAGAGCUCCAGUACCUCCUGUCAGGACCCUUGUCCCAGGUUCUUUGAGAUCUCGAAAAUUGCCAUAUGGGGUAUUCCUUUCUGAAUCACAAGGAUACCCAACCCAUGUUUACGGCAAGACCCUCGACUCUUCCCGUGGAUAUAGGAGUUUUCCUCGUGGAAGAGCUCUUGAAGAUUCAACAGGAGUUCCAGGUUACCACUCAGGGAUCCCACUCGAACAUAGAAAGCAUUCACCAUCUGUCAAGUCGGGGACUACAACCCAGGCUGGACCUGAAACUGCUAAACACGAGAUGCUGUCUGGUGGCCCUGAGAUGCCAUUUGCUGGAUCUGAGGUGCUGUCUGCUAGACCUAAAGUGCCAUCUGCUGGACCUGAAAUGCCAUCUGCUGGACCUGAGGCACCAUCUGCUGGACUUGAGGUGCCAUCUGCUGGCCCUGAAGUGCCAUCUGCUGGACCUGAAUUGCCAUCUGCUGGACCUGAGGUGCCAUCUGCUGGCCAUAUGGCGCCAUCUGCUGGACCUAAGGCGCCAUCUGCUGGACCUGAGGCGCCAUCUGCUGGACCUGUAGUGCUAUCUGUUGGAUCUGAGGCGCCAUUUGCUGAACCUGAGGCGCCAUCUGCUGGCCCUGAGGCGCCAUUUGCUGGACCUGAGGUGCCAUCUGCUGGCCCUGAGACGCCAUUUGCUGGACCUGAGGCGCCAUUUGCUGGACCUGAGGCGCCAUCUGUUGGACCUGAGGCGCCAUUUGCUGGGCCUGAGGCGCCAUCUGCUGGACCUGAGGCGCCACCUGCUGAACCUGAGGCGCCAUCUGCUGGACUUGAAGCACCAUCUGCUGGACUUAAGGCGCCAUCUGCUGGACAUGAAGCGCCAUCUGGUGGACCUGAGGUGCUGUCUGUUGAACCAGGAGUGUUAUCUAGUGGACCCGACAUGCUGAAUGUUGAGCUCGUGGAGCUGUCUACUGGACCUGAGGUCGUGUCUGCUGGAACUAAGGCAAUGUCCUCUGGAUCUGAAAUUUUAUUUACUGAACCAAAAGUGCCAUCUAUUCAACCUGAGACACUGUCUGCUGGACAUGAGAUGUUCUCUAUUGAGCCCAAAAUGACGUCUGAUGGGCCUGAGCUGCUGUCUGCUGGAUAUGAGAUGCUGUCUGAAGGUCAUGAAAUGCUGCCUGCUGAGUCCAGGGUGUUGUCUGUUGGAUCUGAGAUAAUGGCUGAGAGAUCAGAGUUGCAGUCUGUUGGAGCCAAAGACCUGCCUGCUGGACCAACAAAGCUGUCUGACAGACCCCAGAUACUGUCAGGUGAUCUUCAUAUGCAUUCUCUUGAACCUGAAAUGCUUUCUCAUAGACACAACAUGCUGUCUGUUGAGCCGGAGAUGCUCCCUGUUAGACAUGAGGCACUGUCUGUUGGGCUCACGGCAAUGUCUUUUGGCUCCGAGGCACUGCCUAUUGCCCACGAGACACUGCCUGUUAGCACCGAUCUACUGUCUGUUGCCCACGAGACACCACCUGUUAGCACCGAUGUACUGCCUGUUGCCCACGAGACACUGCCUGUUAGCACUGAUGUACUGCCUGUUUUCCACGAGACACUGCCUGGUGCUCACGAGACACUGCCUCUUAGCACAAAUGUACUGCCUGUUGCCCACGAGACACUGCCUGUUAGCACCGAUGUACUGCCCAUUGCCCACAAGACACUGCCUGUUAGCACCGAUAUACUGUCUGUUGCCCACGAGACACUGCCUGUUAGCACCGAUGUACUGCUUGUUGCCCACGAGACACUGCCUGUUAGUACCAAUGUACUGCCUGUUGCCCAUGAGACACUGUCUGUUGGCACCAAUGCACUUCCUGUUGACGCCGAUGCACUGCCUGUUGGUACCGAUGCACUUCCUGUUGGCAUCGAUGCACUGCCUGUUGGUACCGAUGCACUUCCUGUUGGCAUCGAUGCACUGCCUGUUGGCACUGAUGCACUUCCUGUUGGCAUCAAUGCACUGCCUGUUGGCACUGAUGCACUUCCUGUUGGCAUCGAUGCACUGCCUGUUGGCACCGAUGAGCUUCCUGUUGGCAUCGAUGCACUGCCUGUUGGCACCGAUGCACUAGCUGUUGGGCAUGAAACACUGCCUGUUGGGCAUGAAACACAGCCUGUUGGCACCGAUGCACUUCCUGUUGGCACCGAUGCACUGCCUGUUGGGCAUGAAACACUGCCUGUUGGCACCGAUGCACUACCUGUUGGGCACGAAACACUGCCUGUUGGCACUGAUGCACUUCCUGUUGGCACUGAUGCACUGCCUGUUGGGUACAAAACACUUCAUUUUGGCACCGAUGCACUUGGACUCGAGGCAAUGUCUCUUGGCCAUGAGACACUGCCUGUUGGACUUGAGGCAAUGUCUCUUGGCCACGAAACACUGCCUGUUGGACUCGAGGCAAUGUCUCUUGGUCACGAGACACUGCCUGUUGGACUCGAGGUGAUGUCUCUUGGUCAAGAAACACUGCCUGUUGGACUUGAGGCAAUGUCUCUUGGUCACGAGACACUGCCUGUUGGACUCGAGGUGAUGUCUCUUGGUCAAGAAACACUGCCUGUUGGACUCGAGGCAAUGUCUCUUGGUCACGAGACACUGCCUGUUGGACUCGAGGCAAUGUCUCUUGGCCAUGAGACACUGCCUGUUGGACUCGAGGCAAUGUCUCUUAGUCAAGAAACACUGCCUGUUGGACUCGAGGCAAUGUCUCUUGGUCACGAGACACUGCCUGUUGGACUCGAGGCAAUGUCUCUUGGUCACGAGACACUGCCUGUUGGACUCGAGGCAAUGUCUCUUGGCCAAGAAACACUGCCUGUUGGACUUGAAGCAAUGUCUCUUGGCCAUGAGACACUACCUGUUGGACUCAAGGCAAUGUCUCUUGGCCCUGAAACACUGUUUGAGAAACCAGAGGCACUGUCCAUUAGAGCUGAGGCACUGUCUGCUGGAUCUGAAGCACUAUCUAGUGCACUCGAGAUAUUUCCUGCUGGACCCAAAACAGUGUCUGUCAGAGUAAAGGCAAUGUCUGUAGCACCAGACACACAGCCUGUUGACACCGAAGCAUUAUCUAGUGAACCCAAGGUACCAUCUUUGAGACCAGAGGCACUAUCUGCUGGAUCUGAAGCACUAUCUAGUGGAUUCGAGAUAUUUCCUGCAGGACCCAAAACAGUGUCUGUCAGACUAAAGGCAAUGUCUGUAGCACCAGACACACCGUCUGUUGGCACUGAAGCAUUAUCUACUGAACCCAAGGUACCAUCUUUGAGACCAGAGGCACUGUCUGUUGGACCAGAGACACUGUCUGUUGGACCAGAGGCACAGUCUGUUGGUCCUGAGGCAAUACCUGUUGUACUCAAGGCACGGUCUGUUGGACCCGAAACUCUGUCUGUUGAACUAGGGUCACUGUCUGCUGGAUCUAAGGCACUAUUUGUCAAACAUGAGGCAGUGCCUGAUGGACCAGAAAUACUGUCUGAUGGAGCCUGGGCACAGUCUGCUGGACAUGAGGCUCUAUCCAUUGGACUUGAGGCACUGCCUGUUCAACCCAAGGCACUGUCUGUUGAACCUGAGGCAUUGCCUCAGGUGUUGUCUGCUGGAUCUGAGGCACUCCUUGUUGCAUCAGAGACACUGCCUGUUGUGCCCAAAGUGCUGCCAACUGAGUCUCAUAAUAAAAUCCUGUUUAUUCAAUCUCAAACAUCACCAACUGCACACCAAAAUAACUUAUCAACUCCUCAUACAGACACUAAUCAGAGCACUUCACCAAUUCAGGUUAAAAAAAUUCUGUCAGAGAUUGAAACUGCCUCACUGACACUCAAAACAGAUCCACAUCCAGUACAGACAGUCCCUGAAGUAGGUUCAACAACUGAAAUACCCACAGCAGAAAAUGAAGUAAUCUUGGAGGGAGCUGACAUAUCUCUGCCUGCCGCUCAAACACCAGAAACCAAAAUCAAAACAGCCGUGUUACCAGAAAGCACUGCUGGAGCUACUUUGACAGCCAACCUGCAACACCCACACAUGCCUGAUUUAUCACUGUUGUCACGUUUCCGCCAUGAGUAUGAGACAGUGGCUCCCGGGGUUGAGCACAUGCUGCCUUGGGAUUCUGCGUUUUCUUUGCCCCUCCACCAAGACCCUCAGUUGCCACCACACCAUCCAUAG